AUAUUAGUCAAGGAAAAGAAAAUAGAUUUUUUUUGGGUCAAUAUGGAUACGCUUGAGUGCAUGUCUGGUUUGAAUACCGUUUUCAAGCGAGUCUGUUUGAUGGAAUUACUGGUUUUCUAUACCAUUGUCACUAUAUUGAUCGGACAUGUCUCCACUAUACAAAGAGCACAUGUCGACACGAGCUGUGACUUGUCUGGUCGUGUCAGGAAGAAAAAAGAAGAAAAGAGGAGGAACAGAGUUUAUUUACUGCCGACUUUUCCUUGAGAUCCUUCAAGAUUUCAAUUUUUUUAAGCUCCAGAAUCUUGCAGCUGUUUGGAACUUCCAAUUUCUUCCUCCCAAAUGGUUGAUAUUUGAACUGUGCCUGAAGCCCUUCAAGUUGUCGUAUUUUUUACCAAGUGGCUGCUCGCUGUCUGCAUUCUUGUGUAACAAGCUGAGCAUUUUUGGACCAAGCAAUUGCCACUUUUCAAUUUUCUAAUUAGUGGGGAUAAUAUGGAGAUAAGCUGGAGACAACUAUGGUCCUGGCUAAGUUUAACAGUAUAGAUCACUUGUUAAGGCUGCACGUGUGAUAGCUUAUAGAAGUGAGAUUUUCCAGAGAAAACUUUUGAGGUAAAGCUCAGAGAGAAGGAUGCUCAGUUAGAGGAUA